UUUUAAGUUAACAAAUAAUCUAUUUUACUUAUUUUAAUUACUUUUCAUACUCUGAAAUCUGUAAUGCCUAAAUAUAGAUCUAAUCGUCCGAAAAAGCGAAGAUUUUAUGGUAAUCGUUACACUAGCAAGCUAGAUUGAAGAGGAUUCAGAUUAUUUUGGAUAUAGCAAAGUACUUGAGAGUUAUCUGUCUAAGGGAAGAGGCUUCUUGGAAGGAAACUGGUUUAUAUUCAUGUAAUACAUGGGAAAAGCCCUGAAAACUCCCAUUCAGCCAGCUCGUCUUGCUGAGACAUGAACCUGGGUCCAACUUCCAGUAUUCAGCAGUUUUACCACUCAGCUACUGACAGGCCAUUCAGACUGAAAACUUUUAGACAUUAAAGCUUUAACUCAUUAUUAUAGCACAUCUACUGAUAAGAUGGUUAACAUGGAAAAAGAGAAAGCAAAGAUUAUUAUAGAUACCGAUUGUGGCAUUGAUGAUGCUAUGGCGUUGAUGUUAGCUUUGAACCACAAAGAUAUUGCUCAGGUUGUUGCUGUUACAUGUGUAUUUGGAAAUACUACUAUUGAAAAUGUGUGCAAAAAUGUAAUGCGUGUUCUUGUGCUCUGUGAUAGUACAGAGAUUCCUGUUCACAAGGGUUGUAGCAAACCUUUGUGUACACAGGCAAAUCCAAAAACUGUUCAUGGACGUGAUGGAUUAGGAAAUCGUGGACAUGAAUUUUCCACUGGUGAUUUAAAAGAAGAUGAAAUUCCGGCUGUUAUAGCCCUGUUACAGCUAGUCAAGAAGUAUCCCAAAGAAAUUACUCUUAUAGCAGUUGGUCCUUUAACAAAUGUGGCUUUGGCACACAGGAUUGAUCCUAAAUUCACAGAGAAUUUAAAGUCACUAGUUUGUAUGGGAGGUAAUUAUAAAGGUGUUGGGAACACAACAGAGGUAGCAGAAUUUAAUUUUUUCUGUGAUCCUGAUGCAGCUAAUAUUGUUCUGAUUGAAACUUUGUGUCCAUUUGUUCUAGUACCUUGGGAAACAGUUGUUGAGUAUGGUAUUGAGUGGGAUCAUUAUGACCAGUUGAUCCAUAUAACCACCAAGAAGGGAGUGUUCUUUAAGAGCAUCACAGAGUAUGCUGCUACCCGUGGUCUUGCAAAAGGCAACAAAAGACUGUUUGACUGUGAUCUUUUAGCUGUGGCCGCUGUGUUGUAUCCUGAUUGUGUUAAGGCUAGCUUUAAGCAUCUAGCUGCUGUAGAAUGCAGUGGUACAUAUUCAAAAGGCCUGACAAUUCUUCAAAGAGAAGUAUCUGAAAAUAAUCCUGUACAAAAUAAAAUAGAAAUAAUCACAGACUUUGAUGAGACUUUUGUAAUGAAUCUUAUAAGAGAAAUGCUUAUAUCCUAAUAACUUCCAAACAAAAAUAUUAAGUAAAAGAAAAAUAAUAAACUAAAAAGAUUCUUAUUCUAAAUUAAAAAGAAAAUGUGUUCAUAUGAUUUAAAAGAAAAUGAGAAAACUAAAGUAAUAUUUUUUAAGGUGAGACAGUUUAAUUCUUUAGACCUUUACUAUAAUUUCCUUCCAUAUGCAUGGCAGAAUGCGCAUUAGCUCAUGUAUUUAAACUGAGGUUUUUAGGUUGUAAGACAGAGUGUGUUCUGCCUCUUGAAGCCAUGUUACUAAAUUGCUUCUCGUUUAGAUAAGAUUUGUAAUCUGUGGCCUUGCAUUUUCAUUGCCAUUGAAAACUGAGCAGUUUAGAAGAAUUUAAAGUUUGCCCUGCUACAGAAAAAUGAAUUUAGAAAUGUGCUCUUUUUCUGUCAUUUACAUAUUUAUAUUUGUCCAAAUUUUUAAAUAUCUUUAUAUGGAAUCCACACAUAGUGGGAAAAAAAUGAAAUCUUUAAAAUAUAUGAUGGUGUUGGUUAGUCAUCUAUGAAACAACAUUAGCGCUCAUCAGGUUUACAUUAAUUUAGACUUUUAUAAUUUUUGCUUAAAUCUGAAAAAUAUAUUUAUCAAUACUGAUUGUGUAUUUAAUUGUAAUUCUGUUGAAAAUUUCAUGUAUAAUUAGUAUGUUAUGUAAAAUAUCUCACUGAAUUGUUGCUGGUUCUUUUAAUAAUAAUUUAUCUGAUAAUUUUUUAAGUAUGAUUUAGUUUAUCAUAAAAUUUAAAUGAUGGAGUUGUUCUCAAAGAAUAACCACAUUUUCCUUUUUUAUUUGCUCAACACUUACAUUGCUAUGUACGCUAAUCUCAUUUUUCAGGAAUAUUUUCUGAAUGCUAGCAACGACAUACUUCCUUCUCUAUACAAGUUUUUUUUUUCUCAUAUUAUUGCGGUAACUUAUUUAUUAAUUUGUAGAUGCAUCCCAGUCCAUACAAUUUUGUUCUCACAAAAUUUAUGGAGUAGGACAAAGGCAUGUCAUUGCUGCAAUGAAUGUGUUAAUAUUCAUAUUGUGUAUUUAUUUAACCAUUUGAUAAAUUAUAUGGUAAAUUGUAAUUUUAAAUUUUAAAGAAAAUGUGUAAAUAAACCUAUUCAUUCAUUCCUGCUAUUUGGGGACAAUGUUAGCUCAAUAAUGUUUUUGUGCAAUAAUGUCAGUGUUUCCAUAAAUGUGUACUGAAACCCAACAGUAGAUUUGUAGGUAAUUUUUGGUGAAUCAUAAAAUAUAUUGUAUUUCAGUAUGUCUUGUUUUAUGUAUAUAUGUAUGUAUAAUGCUGUUCUACAUAUAUACAUAUAAAUAUAUAUCUGCACACAUAUACAGCCAUAAUUGUUUAUUACAGUACAAAGUCCGUAAUCUGGACUCGUCGGAACUUUGGUGAUUCCGGAUUAGUGGUUUUUCUGGAUUAUAGAUCAUCAAUUUAAAUCUGGUAAGGUGGCAUGCAGAAAUUAUACAA